CAACUGUACAGCAAACUCUUUUAGACUUUUUAUCAACUAAUAUUAAAGAUACUAUUACAAAUAAAAGAAAAUUUGAAAAUAUUAUUAGUAGUGACUCAGAAAAUAAUGAUGAUGAAGAUACAGAAAGUGAUGAUAAUUAA